UUGUUUGCCAUCGCAAGCACAUGACAAUUCCAUGUCUAUCCAAAUCGAGUCAUCCGUCGUGAUCUUGCACCAUCAGGGGAAGAAUGACUCUACGAAUCACGAUAUAAAUGCCGUGUCCUUCCCUUGACCUUCUUCUCUUCCUUCCUUACCGCAGACCUCCUACUUUCCUCUAUCCUUUUGGAUAAGAACCCUUUACACCUCGCAUACCACUUCAUAGCAACCGCUAUGGGCCCUGUGAACGGCUUUACUACGACUCCCCAUCACCGUCAGAACAGACGCCGUGAGCGUCCUGGCUCUCGGACUCGUCGGACCAUCACUCGCAAGUCAAACGUCCAAUUCGAUUGCGCCGAAGGCCUCGAAUACGCGCGCGACACAAGUGUCCCUCUUCCCUCGGACAUAACCCGGCCUUCUCCCCUGCUCCGUCAGAACUUCGACCAAAGCUGGCAGCGAUGGAAGGCAAGAGAGGCUGAAGAGCGCACACUGGCAGAGAUGGACAAGAUGCAGCUAGAGCAGGAGCAGCAGAGGCUGUUCGGUGGAGAAGUUGACGAUGACGAGUUACGCCGCAUGGGAAUUCUUUAUGUUGGCGAGGACAUCGCAGUCGAUUCCGAGUCAAAUACAAUCGUUUGCGGUGUCCCCGUCGAGAGUUCUGGCCCAAUGUUCAGCAUUCGGCAAGGCAAACCAAGACGUUCACGGCGUUCAACUUGGCGUUCUCUACCCCUUUACCUGUCGUUCUCGGAUCUGAGCAACGACGCCGAUAUUGCUCGUCUGCUAUCUUUUUCGACUCCCCCCACACCAACGAUUCAACAUCGCCCCCUCACAAUCCAAACACACACCGACACGUUGAUAACACCCCAAUUUCAAAUCUCGAUUCGACACUUUCCCGUACACUUCGCUCAGCCAAUACCAUUCUUCCCAACACUGGAGACUGGACAGUCAUCACCACACCGCACAACACCCCUGGGACCCUCACCCCUCUCUCCGAACCAGAAACCUGGAUCCUGAUCGACGACUUCCUCAUGAACUCAGCCCUGGUCUCUGGUGGAUGCACUCUCUAAAAGGAGAGACCAGAAAAGAAGAGACUAGGACGAAAAGAAGAAGAAAAAAGUAGAAGAGAAGAAGAGAAGGCAGU